UCCCGCCCGGCACUGCCGGGGCCUUCAGCCCCGGCCGCACCAUGGUGUCCUGGAUCCUCAGCCGGGUGAUUGAGCUGCUCUUCGGGAUGCUCUACCCGGCCUAUGCCUCCUACAAGGCUGUGAAGACGAAAAACAUCCGAGAAUACGUCCGAUGGAUGAUGUACUGGAUCAUCUUCGCUCUCUUCAUGGCCACAGAGACCUUCACUGACCUCCUCAUUUCCUGGUUCCCCUUCUACUACGAGGUGAAGAUGGCCUUUGUCAUCUGGCUGCUGUCCCCGUACACGCGGGGGGCCAGCCUGCUCUACCGCCGCUUUGUGCACCCCACGCUGGCCCGCAGGGAGAAGGACAUCGACACGUUCCUGGUCCAGGCGCGUGAGCGCGGCUACGAGACCAUGGUGCGCUUUGGCAAGAGGGGCCUCAACCUGGCAGCCACCGCCGCCGUCCAGGCGGCCACCAAGAGCCAGGGCGCGCUGGCCGGGCGGCUCCGCAGCUUCAGCAUGCAGGACCUGCGCUCGCUGCCCGAGCAGGUCCCCGUGCACUUCCAGGACCCGCUGUACCUGGAGGAGCAGGAGAGCCUCCGGCAACCCCUGGCCUACGGCACCGGCCGCCGCUACGAGAGUGACACGGACGAUGAGGAAAUGUGGUCGGACUCGCAGUUGUCCCCCCCAGCGCCGCCACGCCGGGAUCCCAAACCCCUGUCCCGCAGCCAGAGCCUGCGAUCCCUGAGGAAGAACCCAGGAAAGGAGGUCUCCUCCCGGCUCCUGCGCAGCCGAGCCAAGAGAAAAGCGGCCCUGUCGGAGCAAGACAGCUAAAAAUCCCGGGAAACCUCUGCCAGGAGGCUGGAGAGGAAUUUGCUGCUGCAUCAGGAGGGAGCUGUGGCUCCUGCAUCCCUGGGGAUCCUCACUCUGUAAAUCCCUUCCGUGACCUCUGUGGUGCCUCGAGGAGGGGGGAGCAGCUCAUCCCCCCUCCCCAGACCCCCCAGCUUGGCGCUGGCGCCUCUCAGGUGGGGUCUGGCCCCUCCUUUUCCCCCAUCCUGUGAGCACUACACGCUCCCCCUCUCUCCUGCUGCCAUGGUGCCUUAUUCCAAACAUUCCCGUUGCCCUGGGAGCCAGGAGUGGAUGUGCUUUGUCCCUCUGAAGCCAAAGGCAUGACUCAGACACAGACUGACACCCGGAGCGCCGGGCAGCACACGGCUUUUAACAUUCCCCUCUCCCAAAAAGGGGGUCUUGUAC